AUGGCUGAUUAUGGUCCACAACCUAGACAGGCGAGUGGAUCCAAGCGACCCGUUCCACUGGAAGACGGGAACUGGGUUUGCGAAGACUCGGCUUGUCUCAAUGUUAACUACCCUCGUCGCACUGAGUGCCAUAAAUGCGGCAGGCAACGGGGAGCUGUAGGCGACACGAUAGUAGCGGAUUACAACAAGCGAAUGAGAGGCCAGCGAACGGGCGAUGCGGGUGGCUACGGCGGUUACAAUCAAGGCAGAGUGCAGGUACUGCAGCAUGACCCCUACGCUGCAGCUAUGGCGGCUGGUUAUGGUCCUGGUGCUGGUGGUGGUGCUGGUGAUGGUGGUUUUGGUGCUGGUGCGACUCUUGCGUCUCAGUACACGGUGGCUGUUGACCCCGGUUAUGGUGCUGGUGCAGGCCGAAGGUCCACGCUUAGUGCGGCUGCCGAAGGCAAGCGGUUAGCGGAGCAGCUUGUAGCGAGCUUCGCCAUGUCAGCAGACCCCAUCGCUGACGCGGGAGAGUGCCUCGCCUCCGCCACGCUCUGGCUCCAAACCAUGAAAUCGCGCAUGAACAUCCCCGGGGGCGGCGGAGAUCCUUCCGCCGCCGCCGCAAAUAACGCGGCAAUGGCGGCGGCGGCCGCACCUCCGUCUGUGAAGCCGAUCCCCGCUAAUAUCAGCUUCGAGGAUUAUAAGGAUCGCCCGAGUGACUUCCUCAGGGAGUUUGGGGAUCCAGCAGCACUGCAGUCCCAGCGGGGGCUGAACCACACGCGCCCCGUGGUGGGGGUGAAUGGCAACUGGGCCUGCUCCUCGUGCCAAAAUGUCAACUUCCCUCGCCGCCACAGCUGCCACCAGUGCGGCACCAAGAGGAGUGAGGAGGGGGAGGAGAUUGUGCGGAAUUAUGUGAAGCAGCUUAUAGAAGAGUCGAAGAAGCAAGCUGGGAUGUAG